AUGAGACCGCAACCGCCGGCGCCAUCUUGCUGGUGGCGCCUGGCCGCGCCGCCAGCGCCGCCUCUGCCCCCGACGGCGGCGGCGGCAGCGGCAGCCGCAGCAGCAGCGACGGCAGCAGCGUCCUGGGGCCGAUUUGCUAGUGAGACUUCGCUAGCAGCCGCUCCAUGGCUCCAGCCACCGUAUUUUCCACGACCGGCAGCGGCGACGACGACAGCAGCAGUGUCUUGGCGGACUGACAACAACUGGCUACUACGACUGUUGGUCAAUUUGCUCGGCUACGCGACCAUCAUCGGACCGGGAGCCCUGCUCAUAUGCUACGUGCGGAGGAGCAAGUUCUUGGAGAACAGGGCAGGAGGUCCCUUUGCUCGCGUAUUGCGACUAUUCGUGCUGGGACAUGAGCCGGACACCAAGCCAAGCCUUGAGCUCGGAGGGAGCAACGAACCACCCCGGCCACCAAAUCGUUCCUUGCUGUCCGAGGCAUUCGUACUGGCCUACUGUUUUCUGGGUCUGCAGGUCUCUUACCUGACCUGGGGUGUGCUACAGGAGAAGAUCAUGACACAGAAGUAUUACGAGGUGUUCCCGUCAGAUGGACAGCGGUUCAGUGACUCCCAGUUCCUGGUGUUUGUCAACCGAGUGCUGGCCUUCACGCUGAGUGGACUGUACCUGCUGUUCACGCAGCAGCCGCGGCACCUGGCACCCGUCUACAAGUACUCCUACUGCUCCUUCUCAAACAUCAUGAGCAGUUGGUGUCAGUACGAGGCGCUCAAGUUUGUCGCCUUCCCCACACAGGUGCUGGCCAAGGCGUCCAAAGUGAUACCCGUCAUGCUCAUGGGACGCCUGGUGUCUCGCAAGAGCUAUGACUGGCACGAGUACCUGCUCGCCCUUGCCAUCUCGGUCGGCAUGGGCCUCUUCCUCCUUUCCCGAUCAUCCGGAGGCUCCUCCUCGUCUCCCACGAGCAGCAGCCUCUCUGGGCUAAUCAUCCUCGCCAGUUACCUCGUACUCGACAGCUUCACCUCCAACUGGCAGUCUGAGCUGUUCCGCACGUACCGCAUGAGCUCGGCCCAGAUGAUGUGCGGCGUCAACUUCUUCUCGUGCCUGCUGACAUUCGUGUCGCUGCUCCAGCAGGGCGCGCUUGCAGCCUCGCUGCGCUUCAUGUUUCGCUUCCACGCGUUCUUCUACGACUGCCUGCUUCUCUCCAUCUGCUCCGCCACGGGCCAGCUCUUCGUCUUCCACACCAUCUCGCAGUUCGGACCUGUUGUUUUCGUGAUUGCCAUGACGAUACGGCAGGCAGUGGCGGUGUUGCUUUCGUGCCUCAUUUACGGACACCGGCUGGGUGCGCUCGGCAUUGUCGGCGUCCUCAUCGUCUUUGGUGCCGUGUUUUCUAAGAUCUAUCUGCGCCAGCGUGCUGCCUGAUCUCUU